AUGUUCGCCCAGAUACCACAGAAUUCUCACGGAUCAGGCAUGUCCUGUAAUAAUCCGGAUCUUUAUGAGGAAGUCAAGCUUUUUCGAACAGCAAGAGAACGAGAAAAGUAUGACAACAUGGCUGACCUUUAUGCUGUCAUCAAUACACUGCAAAGUUUAGAGAAAGCCUACAUCAAAGAUGCUGUGCAACCCAAAGAGUAUACGGCUGCUUGUUCCAAACUGCUUGUGCAAUACAAAGCUGCAUUUAAGCAAGUCCAGAGCACCACUUUCCCAACAGUUGAGGAUUUUAUGAAGAAAUAUCGGCUUGAUUGUCCAGCUGCUUUGGAGAGGAUCAAAGAAGACCGUCCGAUUACCAUCAAAGAUGAUAAAGGCAACACCAGCAAAUGUAUAGCAGACAUAGUUUCUUUGUUCAUUACUAUCAUGGACAAAUUAAGACUGGAGAUUCGUGCUAUGGAUGAAAUUCAACCAGAUCUAUGUGAACUUAUGGAAACGAUGACUCGACUUAGUUUGUUACCUCAAAAUUUUGAGGGAAAAGAAAAAGUGUCCAAAUGGUUGACCACACUGAGUGGGAUGCAGGCAUCCGAAGAACUCAAUGACAGCCAAGUUCGACAGAUGAUAUUUGACCUGGAAUCUGCCUACAAUGCCUUUAAUCGAGUUCUCCAUAAUGUCUAA